CCAGGAGAGUGGGUUAGCGCAGCCCCCGUUGGUCUGGCCGCAGCCCUGGCGGGUCCUGCGCGGGCGUGGCAGGGCCGGGAGCCGGCAGGGGGCCAGCAUCCCGCCCAGAGAUCCUGCGGCCCUGAGCCGCUCAGGCUCGCUCCCGACUCCACCGUCCCGGCUCGCAGGGCCAGGCCACCCGGGCCGUGGGGGCCAACGGAGAGCCUAGCGCGCUGGGCAGGGCCGGCGACGGGAGAAACCCCGGGAGCAGCCGAGAGCUCGGGCUCGGGGGCCACCUCGGGGAGGCGGUCCUGUCCUGCGCUGGCGGGCGGUGAGCGCGAGCACCGCCGUUAUUUGGGGACGCGCCCUGGUUUGCUGCGCCUCCAGCCGCCGCACAUCCAGAGCAUUCCCCGGGCCCCAGUUCAGGGCCGAAAAUGCCGGCCCUUCACAUCGAAGAUUUGCCCGAAAAGGAAAAGCUGAAGAUGGAAGUUGAGCAACUACGCAAAGAAGUGAAAUUGCAGAGGCAACAGGUGUCUAAAUGUUCUGAAGAAAUAAAGAACUAUAUUGAAGAACGUUCUGGAGAGGAUCCUCUUGUGAAGGGAAUUCCAGAAGACAAGAAUCCUUUUAAAGAGAAAGGCAGCUGUAUUAUUUCAUAAAUAACUCUGGAGAGAAAUUUGAUCCGCAGUAGAAAAACUAGCUUGUUUUGGUUUUCUGAAAUAAAACUGAAAUUCUUUUCAAAGAAAGAAAAAUAAAAUUUAAAGACUUUCUUAAGCACUUAUAUUGAUAUGAUUAUGGAUAAAAACUGUUUCUCAGCUUUGCUCACUACACACCCUUUUUAAGAGGGCAGAGAGUAUCAAACAUACAAUUAUGGAAAUAAGGACAUUACUUGUGCAUGACUCACCUCUUUCAGUAUAUUGCUUGAUGCCUUAAAUAAAGUUUUAUCUCUGGAAAAUGA